AUGUCCCCGUCUCUCCUGCUCGCCGCGGUCCUGGCUCUGCUCGCCCCGGGCUCGCCCCUGGCCCCUCCCGGGGGUCCCGGCCCCCCCCGGCUCCGCGUUCGCUUCUCGCCCCCUCCCCGCUGCUGCCCCGGGGGUCGCUGCCAGCCCGGCUGUCGCGACAGCGGCGACAGAGGCGGCGACAACGGCACCGUGGUGAUCGAGAGCGGGCGGAACCCCCCCCCGGGCAGCGGCUUCAGGCUCGUGCUGUGCCCGCUGCUCUGCAGGAACGGGGGGCUCUGCGCCCACCCCCAGCGCUGCCUCUGCCCCCCCCAGUUCACGGGGAGGUUUUGUCACCUCGAGGUCACCAACGGCUCCGGGCCCCAAAAUCCCAAAAAUCCCCAAAAUUCCCGAGGGGAGCCCCCCCAGGCCCUGACCCGCUCCAUCUACACCCUGCCCCUGAGCAACCACCGCGAGGAGGAGGAUGGUGCUCAAUCCAUGGUCAGCGUCCUGGUGCGCCACCCCCCCCAGGCCACGGUGACAAUCCACAGCGUGGAGCGGGUCCGGGGGGGGGAGGGGGACACCAGCGACCCCUCCCCAGCCCCCCCCACCCCCCCCGCGGGCAGGGCGAGCCCCCCGAGCCCCCUCCCCAAAUUCCGGGUGUUGGCUCAGCGGGGACCCCCCCGGACCCCCCCGGCCUCGGAGGAUUCGGGGUUCGGGUAUUGCUUCAGGCGGCUGCGGGGGGGGCAGUGCAGCUCCCCCCUGCCCGGGCUCCGCACACGCGACAUUUGCUGCCGGGGGGGGGCGGGGGUGGCCUGGGGGGUCCGAGAGUGUCACCCGUGCCACGACCCCGAGCAGCCGUGCCCGCAGGGAUUCCAGCGCGUGAACGGAACCUGCGAGGACGUGGACGAGUGCCAGCUGGGCUCCCUGUGCCAGCACGGGCUCUGCACCAACACCCGCGGGGGCUUCGCCUGCCUCUGCCCGCCCGGAUUCCUGCUGGACUCGUCCCGUUCCGCCUGCAUCUCCCAGCAGGUGCUGUCCGAGGCCCGCGGGCCGUGUUUCCGCCUGCUGCGGGAGGGCGGGGGCUGCGCGCUGCCCACCCUGCGCAACAUCACCCGGCAGGUUUGCUGCUGCAGCCGCGUGGGCAAAGCCUGGGGGGGCUCCUGCCUGCUGUGCCCCCCCUUCGGAUCCGAGGGGUUCCGGGAGCUCUGCCCCGCCGGGCCCGGCUAUCACUACUCGGCCUCGGACCUGCGAAUCAACACCCGGUACCUGGGCCAGGACGGGCCGGGGGUCCCGCUGGGCCCCCCCCGAGCGCCCCCCGCCACCCCCUCCCCGGAGCCCCCCCAGUUCGGGACCCCCCGGCCCCUCCCCCCGCCCCCCCCCGGGCCCGAGGUGAUCGUGGUGCCCCGGCCCAGCCCCGACUUUGGGAGGGCCCUGCCCACCCUGCCCCCCCCGGAGCCAGUGUCCCCGUGCCUCCGGGACCCGUCCGUGUGCGGCCCCGGGCGCUGCGUGCCCCGGGGGGGAGGGGGCUACACCUGCGUGUGCCGGGGGGGCUUCUGGCUGAGCCCCCAGGGCACUCACUGCGUGGACAUCGACGAGUGCCGCCAGGUGCCCCCGCCGUGCUCCCCGGGCCGCUGUGAGAAUUCCCAGGGAAGUUUCCGGUGCAUCUGCGGGGAGGGGUUCACAUCCGGGCCUGCGGGCACCGAGUGCAGAGAUGUGGACGAGUGUUCCCAGGUGCCCUCCCCCUGUGCCCACGGGCGCUGCGAGAACCGGCCCGGGGGCUACGAGUGCGUCUGCCCGGCGGGGUACCGGGGCUACGGGGGACAGCGGCCCUGCCAGGACAUCGACGAGUGCGAGAACCACCUGGCGUGCCCGGGCCAGGAGUGCGUCAACACCGCGGGGUCCUUCCGGUGCCAGCCCUGCCCCGACGGCUUCAGCCCGCGCCAGGGGCGCUGCGCAGACGUGGACGAGUGCUCGGGGGGCUCCCCCUGUGGCCCCCACGGCCGCUGCCUCAACACACCCGGCUCCUUCCGCUGCGAGUGCCACCGCGGCUACCGCGCCACCGCCGGGGCCACCUCCUGCCAGGACGUCAACGAGUGCCUGGAGGGCGAGUUCUGCUUCCCGCACGGCGAGUGCGUGAACACGGCCGGAUCCUUCCGCUGCGUCUGCGCCGACGGCUACCGAGCCACGGCCGAGGGCAACGCCUGCGCCGACGUGGACGAGUGCCAGCGCGGUUCCGUCUGCGCCGGCGGGCGCUGCCUCAACACCGAGGGCUCGUUCCAGUGCCAGUGCCCGGCCGGGUUCCGAACCGACGACGCCAAGGCCGAGUGCCGCGACGUGGACGAGUGCCAGGAGUACGGGGCCGGGCUGUGCGGGGCCCAGCGCUGCGAGAACAUCCCGGGCUCCUAUCGCUGCGUUCCCGAGUGCCAGCCGGGAUUCCGGCCCGGGGACAGCGGGGACUGCAUCGAUGUGGACGAGUGCCAGGAGUACGGGGCCGGGCUGUGCGGGGCCCAGCGCUGCGAGAACAUCCCGGGCUCCUAUCGCUGCGUUCCCGAGUGCCAGCCGGGAUUCCGGCCCGGGGACAGCGGGGACUGCAUCGACGUGGACGAGUGCUCCAACGGGACCCUGUGCGGCCCCCACGCCACCUGCCACAACCUGCCCGGCUCCUUCCAGUGCGCCUGCGACCCGGGCUACGAGACCGCCCGGCACGGCCACCACUGCGUGGACGUGGACGAGUGCCAGACCCUCCGCGGCGUUUGUGGGGCCGAGCGCUGCGAGAACGUCGAGGGCUCCUUCCUGUGCCUGUGCCCCGAUUCCCGGCAGGAAUUCGACCCCGUCACGGGGCGCUGCGGGCCCCUCCCGACCCCACAGACCCCACAAAUCCCCCAAAAUCCCCAAAUCCCCCAAAUUUUCCCCCAAAUCCCGCCCGGGUUGGGUUCGUGUUUCAGCCGAGCCUGCGGGCUCCUGGCCCCGAACGUGACUCGCCCGCAGUGCUGCUGCAGCCUGGGGUGGGCGUGGGGGGCUCAGUGCCCCGGGGAGCCCUGCCCCGCUCCUGGAACAGGGGGGAUUUGUGGGGAUUUGGGGUGGGCGUGGGGGGCGCAGUGCCCCGGGGAGCCCUGCCCCGCUCCUGGGACGGAGGGUCACGUGUCCCUGUGUCCCCACGGGCCCGGCCGAGUCCCCGAGACCCCCCAGGGACCCCCCAAAGACGUGGAUGAGUGUUCCCUGUUCGCCCCCGCGCUCUGCCGGGGGGGUCUCUGUGUCAACACCGCCGCCUCCUUCAGCUGCUACUGCCCCAGCGGCUUCUACUUCGAGCAGGAGCACCUGCAGUGCGUGGACAACGACGAGUGCUCGGCGGCCGAGUCUGAGCCGUGCUUAGGCGGGCUCUGUGUCAACACGGUGGGCUCGUACCUGUGCUCCUGCGCCCCCCCGCUCGUCCUGGACCCCUCCCAGCGCCGCUGCGUGGCCAACGAGUCCAGCCCGGAGGGGUCGGUGGCCGUGUGCUGGCAGGAGGUGGGGCCGGACCUGGUGUGCGGGCGGCCCCGGCGGGCGGGGCAGGUGACGUACACGGAGUGCUGCUGCCUCUACGGGCAGGCGUGGGGCAUGGACUGCGCGCUGUGCCCCGCCCCCCACUCCGACGACUUCGAGCUCCUGUGCAACGUCCUGCGGCCCCCCCCACCUCGCCCCUCCCCCACCCCCCUCCUUCUACGACCCCUCCCCCCCUUUCCCCCCCAUCCCGAGGAGGAGGAGGAAGAGGCUCAGGAGGAGCAGUGCGGGGUCCUGAGCGGCUGCAGCCACGGGCGCUGCGUCCGCGUGGGCGACGCUUUCACCUGCGCCUGCGACCGCGGCUUCCAGCUGGACCCUGCGCGGCUGGACUGCCUGGAUGUUGAUGAGUGCUCGGUGCUGCCCCCCCCCGUGCCGCCCCGGCCGCUGCCUCAACACCCCCGGCUCCUUUCGCUGCCUCUGCCCCCCCGGGACCCCCCCGGCCUGGGACCCCCCUCGCUGCCCCCCCCCGGCCUGAAGCCCCCUCCCCAUAUUUAUUGUAACGAAGCCGUUGAUCCUUGA